AUGGCAGGCACCUUUUGCCCUAUCGCUGGGCACUACCAUUCCAAGGCCGAGUUCCACGAAGGGACCAAGGCUCUCAGCUCAACUUGGGCGAGUCCCUUGAAGCUGGAAGUUCAAAACAUCAUCUGCGAUGGUCGCCAAGCCGCUGUUGAGCUGAAGGCUGUGGACACGAAGUGUAAGAAUGGCCUGCCGUUCACCAAUGUGUAUACCUGGAUAUGCGUGUUCAACGAACAGAACAAGAUUGUCAAGAUCCGCGCUUAUAUGGAUACCAACAUUCUAUUGGAAACAUUAUUGACUCGCCUUAAUCUAAGUGAUCUGGUCGUCAGAGCCAUUAGGGAGAAUCAGUGA